AGUAAGAGGAAGGGGGAGAGAGAGAAAGAGAGAGAGAGAGCUCUGUCGUGGGCUAAUAUGAAGGAAGCGCAGAGCUCUGUGCAGUAAGUUUGCUAACUCUUAAAAGAGAUGCAUGGCGAUUAUUAAAUCAUGUUGGAUCUGUCUUAUCUCUGCUAUGUUGCAUGCCGAGAGAUGGAGAGCAGUUGGCAAGGAAGAAUGCCCUUUAACCUUUAAUAUGGCAUGAAUAUGCUGUGAUGGACUUCAUCUAUUGGUGGAAUGAGUGUCAUGGGACAUUAAGACCAUUCUCUCAUGGGUGACUUGAGAGAUGAGUGUGGACAGUGAAGACAACGGGAAGGAUGACCUCUAUAAGCUGAAAUCCCCUACCAUGCUCCAGAGAUGUGCUGUGUAAACGCUAAUGUGCUCUGAAUCCACAAUGUUCCGGAGGUGGCUGUUAGCUCUGGUGGUCCGUGUUGGGGUCAUAGCACUAGUGGUGUGCUGCUGCCUGUCUCUACUCUACCUGCUGGCCUGCAAACCCCCCAUCAGCUACAGCCAUGAACAGGCCCAGGUCUGGGCUGGAGGAGCCACCAGUAAAGAGGGUUACCUGGCGCUACUGCAGGAGAGCGAGGACACACACAGGCACUAUAUUAACAGUCUCAGUAAGCAGAUAGCCCAGCUCAAAGAGGCUCUCCAGAUGAGGACCCAGCAGCUGCAGGAGUCUCUGGAAAAGGCCAGGGCCAAAGGGAUUCUACCUAUGGGGCUGGAGGGCCUGCAUAGGCCCCAGACACACACCGACCUCCAGGAGUUCUUCAAAGCCCAAUUGAGCCGGGCUGAGGUCCAGUCUGGUGAGAAGUUGCCCAGUGAGUACGCUGUGAUUCCCUUCGAAAGCUUCACCCUGCACAGGGUGUACCAGCUCGAGAUGGGGCUGACCCGUCAUCCAGAGGAGAGGCCUGUGAGGAAGGACCGGAGAGACGAGCUGGCAGGUACGCUAGAGAUAGCCCUGCAGGUCCUCAACGGACCACGGAGACACGGGGAGCACCGCCGACGCUCAUAUUCACCAUCGGACUUCAUAGAGGGGCUGACCCGUACAGAGCGUGACAAGGGAACAGUGUAUGAGCUGAUGUUUAAGGGCGAGGGGCCGCAGGACUUCAGACACCUGGUGUUCUUCAGACCCUUCGGCCCGGUGGUCAGGGUGAAGAAUGAGAGGGUGGACACACGCCACAUGCUCAUCAACAUCAUAGUACCACUGUCCAGGAGGGCUGACACAUUCAGACAGUUCAUCAACAACUUCAGAAAGGUGUGCAUCCAGCAGGAAGGGAAGACCCACCUCACUGUGGUCUACUUUGGCAGGGACCAGAUUGACGAGGUCAAAGCCAUCAUGGAUCAGACAUCCAGGGAAACCCAGUUCCGGAACUUCACGCUGAUCCAACUGAACGAGGAAUUCUCUCGUGGGCGGGGCUUAGAGGUGGGUGCGCGGGCCUGGAGGCGGAGCCACAACGUGCUGCUCUUCUUCUGCGACGUCGACAUCCACUUUACCCUAGACUUCCUCACUUCCUGCAGACUCAAUGCAGAGCCUGGUAAGAAAGUGUUCUACCCAGUUCUCUUCAGUCAGUACAAUCCAUCUCUUAUCGACAAUAACCAGAGUCCCUUCCCUUCUAUUCAACAACAACUGGUGAUAAUGAAGGAUGCUGGAUUCUGGAGAGAUUUUGGGUUUGGCAUGACUUGCCAGUAUAGGUCUGAUUUCAUCAACAUAGGUGGGUUUGACCGGAACACCAAAGGCUGGGGUUUGGAGGAUGUUCACCUAUACAGAAAGUACCUGCACAGCAAGCUGAUGGUGAUUCGCUCUCCCUCCCGUAACCUCUUCCACUUGUGGCAUGAGAAGCAAUGCGCGGACGAGCUGCAGCCAGACAAGUAUAAGAUGUGUAUGCAGACGAAGGCCAUGAGCGAGGCCUCUCACGGCCACCUGGGGGAGCUGUUCUUCACACAGGAGAUCCAGGAGCACCUGGAGAGGCAGAAACUACUGAACGACUCAAGUCACUUGAGGUAGAGGUUGCCCCAUAACCACAGAUCUAAGAUCAGAAUACCCUACCCAUUAUCCUAGCCUUAACCAUUAGGAGGUUGAACUAUAUCUGACCCUGGACCUGUGGUCAGGGUGAGGAAAUCAGAACCUCUGGAGAGGUUUUGUUGAGAGAACAAUGAUCUCAUCAUCCUACAGACUCAACUUAAGGACUGGGGAGGGUGUGUAGAGGGAUGAGACAUAAACUUUGUCAUGACAAGAUUAAAAUGUUAUUGAAUAAAACAUUGAUGUGAUGUCAUGCACUCAUUGUAUGUCGUCAUUGCCAUUUUGCUGACGUAUGAUGGCCUAAUGAUCUGAUGAGUCUGUCCUAUGAGCAUUUGGUUGAAAAGACGUUGCAAAGAUGUCUUUCAACUUCUUGUGCUCACUGGGUGAAAGCAGGGAGGGCAGAAUAACCUUACACACUUUGUUGUAUUGAGACUGUCAACUUGCUAUGGACUCAAUGACAAUAAUAUUUUUGUAUAAAUGAAGGGAAGAAUGUUUUUGUAUAACACUCUGUAUUUAUAACUGUAUCUGAAUAUUUAUUAGAAUAAUACAAGAUCAUAAUGCCUCAACCAACCAACUGACUUGGAGCCCAUUACCUGGAUAGAAGGAUC